CCAGAUGCAGACGCUUACCUUUCGGUGCCCGCAGCCAUGUCAAAUCGUUCCAGUAGCCAAGUCCGCAACCUGCUCGCCAUGUUCGAGAACAACAACAACGCCAACACCACCACAUCCACCGACUCUACCUCGCCUGACCGCGGCCGCUCAAACGGCCAUCUGUCCCCGGCUUCCAACGGCGACCGUCCUCUGUCAAAGGUCCGCUCGAGCUUCGUGUCUGUCGAGCACGGCAGCCCAAGCAACCCUAGCCCGGCCAUGGACAUCGACCCGCAAAAGACAAAGGAAGAGUACCAGUCCAGGCAAGAGAGCUCUGCCAGCCUCCGCCGACAUAGCUUCAGUCUCGACGAAGGCAGCAAUGCCAUUGCCAACCUCAGGCAGAGUAUGAGCCAGGAGUCGGAACGCAGGGGCUCAAACCCCAUGGUGGCAGAGACUAUUCCAGAGGCUGCCAUUGAGCAGACNCCCGCCGUCGCCACUCCUGCAGUCGAGGCCAAGGACUACAUGGCCGCCGGGCAGAUUGCUCAUGGCAACAGCGACAUGCCACAGAGCAAGCUCCGAGACGAGGUCACGGCCGACGACGUCGGUGAGCCCGCCGACACCACCCAGACCACAGAAGCCGACGCGUCUCAGCCCAUGACGUUACCUGCUGAUGACAUGCCUGCCGACAACCCUGACAAGCCGACCUGGUCCCUUUGCUUUCCAGAUGCUAAGCUCGUGUACAGNGUAUCUGGUGUGCAAGAAGAGCCCGGCUCCAUGCAGCCUUCUGACCUCACGGAUCGCUCCCUCGUCUCGCCUACCCCUGACGCCAGUGCAGACGAGAAGUCGACGCCNCCUGCGAAGCUUCCUUCGCGUGCCCGUCGUGGCACUGUCACAGCCGCCGAUGCAAGCCCUGCCUCUGUGCCCCAUAAACCCGCCAACAUCGUCGCAACCGCGCCCGAGCCAUCAGUCGAAGCUCCUAAGACACCAACCUCUGUCAAGAAAGCGCCUGCGCCUACCCCUGUCAAAAAGUCACCAGCAGCCAAGUCAUCGUCUACCCUCUCGCCCAAGCCCCCGGUUCGGAAGCCUAGCAAUUCUUCUCUUACCCAGGCCAAGUCGAAGCCCGACGCUGCUUCUACCAAGACGAAAUCUCCUCAGUCUAAACCCACACGUCCUCGAUCGCCCACACGACCAGUCAAGGUUUCUUCGCAUCUCACUGCCCCUACUGCCGCUUCGGCAGCAAGACAAGACUCUCAGCCUCCCAAGGCUUCAGUGUCUGUUUCCAAGCCUGCUGUGACCAACCGCCCCCAAGCACGUGCUCCUGCAGCUUCCGCAAAGCCCGUUGCUCGACCAUCAGUUGCGUCGACCUCGAGCGCACCCAAGAAAGCCGAAAGCAAGCCUGCCGCUGCUUCCAAAGGCUCCGAUGAUGGUUUCCUUGCACGUAUGAUGAGACCGACUGCAAGCUCAGCCAGCAAGGUGCACGACAAGACUGAGGCCAAAAGCCCUCCCAAGCGAACACCUUCGGUGAUCAAAUCAAAGACUUCGGCAAAGCCCAAGACAACAAAGGUCGAGAAGCCCAAAUCUUCAUCUUCGGCUGAGAAGGCAGAGCAAGCAGCCGGUGCUUCAACGCCACAAGGAUCAUCCGGUGACCAGCAUGGCACUGCUGGAUUAGAAGGUACUCCAGCGUUCGACGCUGCGACGAUUCGUUAG